ACUAGCCGCCGCCCCCACUUAUAAUAGACACAUUCUUCUUUGUUUUUGUUCAUUUUUCUUCUUCCUUAAAAAGUUCAUCUGUCUCUCCAUGGAAAACUACCAAAUGUUCUUCCCUUGUUCAUCUACAGGGCAGUCAACCUAUCCCUUUUCAACAAACACGGGAAGCUCUAAUGCUUAUCAUAAUCUUCACGGUGAGAGCUCCAAAGGGUUCAUUGGGUUGGGGACAGAGAAUCAUCAUGUUCCUAGGGAUGAAGUUAAUAAACAACUUUCUCAAAGGACUGAAAGCUUUGCCAGAGAUGAGAGUGAUGAGGUGAAACCAAGUAAAAAGAAGGGGGAGAAGAAGAUAAGGAAGCCUAGAUAUGCUUUUCAAACUAGGAGUCAGGUUGAUAUACUCGAUGAUGGUUAUAGGUGGAGGAAAUAUGGCCAAAAGGCAGUUAAGAACAACAAAUUUCCCAGAAGCUAUUAUCGGUGUACGUAUCAAGGUUGCAACGUAAAGAAGCAAGUUCAACGCCUUACCAAAGAUGAAGCCAUUGUAGUGACUACUUAUGAAGGGAUGCACACCCAUCAAAUAGAGAAGCCAACUGACAAUUUUGAACAUAUCUUGAGCCAGAUGCAAAUUUAUACUCCCUUUUGAACUCUUCAGAUUGAAUAGGUGUAAUGUAAUUAUGCAAACUUUUUAAUUUGUAAGAGACAAUACAUUUCGCAUUUACUUCCUGAUCAAAAAAUAAAAAUUAUGCUAGCAGAAAUGGCAGAGGCUGCCUACUUAUAUGUAUAAAA